GUAAACGGAGCGCGUGCACGUUUCAGCACCAAAACUCGUGGACAGCAGCCAAACGAAGGAGAGAGAGGGGUAGUCGUGGUGGGCUAGCUUAUUGUACUAAACCGACGACUCUGCGGUCUGCAUCGCCACACCGCUGCGAUCGCGGGAAAAACUUCAUUGGUAGUUUUGAGUCGAAAAGGGGACAAUAUAAAGCGGCACAGCCUUCCGCUUUGUUCGGCCCCGGCGGGCAAGUAGUGCCGAGAGCUGGAUAACGGUCGAAGGAGACGCUUCUGCGGGGUAACGCACCGUUAUUUUCGGCUCACUUGUGUCGAAUUUGCGCGGUCUGGGUUCAAACUAAACCGCACAACGGGAGGACUAAAUGGCUGCAAAUGAAGGCGAUCGGAGGUGAUACAGAAGAGUGCUGGUCCUAGCCGGUUCGGUCCAAGACAACAGUUGAGCCGCGGUCCUGUUUUUAAGCCACAUCACAACCUGCUCGCGCUGCUAGCCGCCGAGCUCUCUCCCAUUGUGUGAGCCGCCCGACCCCCGGAUCACCACACACACCUGCUCGCCUCGCACAGCUACAACUGUGUGUGUGUGUGUGUGUGUGUGUGUGUGUGUGUGUGUGUGUGUGUGUGUGUGUGUGUUUCACGCCGGAUUCUCUUUUUUUGUAACUUUCUCCACGAAUCCACGACAUGUGUUCGCGGGUUUGGUUCGUGACCGACCGCCGGAUCAGCCAGGAGUACCCUCAGGUUCAGAUCCACCGGGCGCUGACGGAGCGCUGCGCAGACGAGGACGUUGAAUUCCGCUCCCUCCUCAUGGAUCAGAUCGUGCUAACGAUCAGCGAGGGACAGCUAGGUCUGCGAGUCGAGCAGGAAUUGGUGACAUCUUAUCCGCAGGUGGUGGUGGUGCGGGUGCCCACGCCCUGGGUGCAGUCGGAUAGUGACAUCACCGUGCUGCGUCACCUGGAGAAGAUGGGCUGCCGGCUGAUCAACCGUCCUCAUGCCAUACUCAACUGUGUCAACAAGUUCUGGACCUUUCAGGAGCUGGCCGGCCAUGGUGUGCCUCUACCUGACACCUUCUCAUACGGAGGGCAUGACAACUUCCGUAAGAUGAUUGACGAGGCAGAGCCGCUGGGCUACCCUGUGGUGGUGAAGAAUGCACGCGGCCACAGAGGCAAGGCUGUUUUCCUGGCACGGGACAAACACCACCUGACGGACCUGUGCCACUUAAUCCGCCACGAUACCCCCUACUUGUUUCAAGAGUACGUCAAGGAGUCGCAUGGCCGUGACGUCCGGGUUGUCCUUGUGGGCGGACGUGUCAUCGGCUCGAUGCUACGCUGCUCCACUGACGGUCGCAUGCAGAGCAACUGCUCCCUGGGUGGCGUUGGUAUGAUGUGCCCACUGAGCGAGCAGGGGAAGCAGCUGGCCAUAGAGGUGUCUAACAUCCUCGGCAUGGAUGUGUGUGGCAUCGACCUGCUGCAGCUCAAUGACGGCUCAUUUGUGGUCUGCGAGGCCAAUGCCAACGUGGGCUUCAUCGCCUUCGACCAGGCCUGCGGCAUGGAUGUGGCAGGCAUCGUUGCUGACUACGCCCUGUCGAUGCUCCCGAGCCGCCUCACCCGUAAGAUGUCCCUGCUGUCCGUCGUGUCGAGCACCAGCGAGACCAGCAGCGAGCCAGAGGUGUGCCCGGUGCCCUCCGGCGGGGGCUCGCUGCCCGAGGCCGUCUGCAACAUGAGUGUGGGUUCCACUUCCAGCGAAAGCGACCCAGAGCUGGCCGAGCCCUCCCAGUCCUCACCCCGUCAGUCCACAGCCCCCACCCUCCCCGAUCUUCCUGAUCCAGCCUACAACUUCAACACUCUUCUCGCCAAUGAAAUCAAACUAUUGACUGAGUAAGAUCCCAGCAGCUUCAUGCACAAACACCACAAACGCACCACAAAUACACCACAAGAACAUAUUCAAAAACACGCAGACACACACCUGUACGCAUGCCAACAGACAUUCCUUUUAAAAACACAUAUCGAUCCAAAAAACUAUUAAAACAAAGAAUGUUAAAUGCAAAACAGGAGCAGAAAAAAGAAAAAAAAACACACAUACAGACACAGCCAUAGAAAUACAAAACACGAGCCUUGUCCUACUAACUCCCGUCAAAAGAAACAAAGAUCUGAGGCUGCUCCCCUGACUCUCCUCACUUUGCACCUCUACUCCAAAACUGCAAACCCCACUAUCCAAACUUAGCUCACACGUAAGCAAGGUGGCGGCAUAGUGGUGGGAAAUAGUACAUAAGAUAACUGCCAAAUUGGCAUCUUCUAGUUUCUAAUUGCAAAAUAGUGAGGUUGAAGGUAAGUAUGUUUUUUGGAUGGGUGUUGGAUUCCCAUAAAGGCACCUGCCAUAUUUUUAUCCUUACUUUACCAUAUUAUUUAACGGAGAAUCUACGGUAUGUUGUCAUAACAAAAGGGGUUUUCUGCAGAGACAGUAGUAAGGUUUGGUGGAUUGGAGGCAAAAUGAAGUGUUUUUUUUUUUUUUCUAGUGAUUAGCUCCUUGUGAAAGGAAUACAUCCUCCUUGCCAGGCACACUAUACUGACAGUUCCAAUGUAGCAAUGUAGUAGUCUUUUCAAGGACACAGAACAGUAUGGGGACCAUCCUGCAGCAACUGGAGAUGCAGGAUUUCAUGUUACAUUUACUGCUAUUCAUAAUAAUUGAAAUGAGACUUGAAUUCACUACGUAUGUCAUAUGUUUUAAAUCCAACUACAACAGAAUGUUUACAACAUGUUUUAACGUUCCUAUAACUAAAUUCCCAAUUUUGAAUCGCUUAUAUUUACAUUUUUUCACAGUAAAUAAAGAGGCUGACGUACUGUCAUAAUUAAUUCCCUUUCAUGCUUAAAUACGAAUAUAAUCAACCAAGAUUACAAACCCAUAGCACCAAAGAGUCAUCCUCGGUGCUUACACGGUGUCCAUUCACUGUGAAUGAAGUGGGCAAAUCUAAAUGUCAGCAAAGCUACACUAACCUGUGCAAGGUAGGAGAAAUAACAAAUAGCUUUUCUUCUUUGGAGUCACAUCCCGGAAUGUAAAAAUGAACUGAGUGCCAUGACUCGGAUUUCUAUUUUUAAAUUCUGAGAUAGCUUGUUUGAUUAGCCUUACCAGCAGCAGCAGUCUGCUGCUUUUUAAAAUUCAUUCAAUAUCCAGCACUUUAUGAUUAACAGAUGAAUUUUUCUUUUUGUCGAUCAGAUGACAUAUUUAGGAAACACAAGACAGAGUGUGAAAGCUGAGUCUACACAUGAGAACAAAAUAUACCUCAAAACAGUGACUUUUUACUGCCAUGACGACACAGACAUUCAAACAUACAGUACAUAUCAGCCAGGAUCCUUGUGGUUUUCAAAUGGCCCCUGAUAUACCAGGUGUUCCUUCUCUUAAUGUCCAGAAGCUUAAGUGGUAGUAGUGUGUUCUUUUUUUAAAUGCCUUUUUGCUUUUUUUGUAAAUAUUUAGGUAGUGAAUAAGUUUCAGUGCAUACUAGUAUCCAGCUGAUGAAACUGGAAUGGCUGACAUAACUGCCAACAUUGAAAUUUUCUUAAGCUAAUGAGGACAAACUUGUUCGUACAGACCUGCGAUACUGCAAAGGUUGAAACUGAAAAUUGGUGCUAACAUUUCUGGAUUUGGUCAGAUGUGUUUUCACAGUCAUAUGAUUUGUAGAUUUUACUUUUGUUGUUCACCUUAUUUUUUUAAACAAUGAAGUACCUAACCCACAACAUCUGUUGGCAUGAUGUACAAAUAAAAAAAAUGGGAACUAUAUUUUUGCAGUCUCUUUGAUUAGAAUGUUACUUUUUUCUUUUCUUAUUAAAGAAAGGGAAAAAAAAUCCAGGGAUUUCAGUGGCCAAAAGCUUAUUGCUUAUGGUUUUUGUUCCAGUUGAUUUACCCCCUGUACACCUUCGUAGAUAACUAUCAACAUAGAGGUAGGCUAUUCUGGUGUAAUUGUCAUUCAGGAAGAAUAAUCAUUUACAGCUCUGAUCAAAAGCACAAACUCUUCAGUUCUACAUAGUGACGUCCAUGUUUUUAGACUCCUUACCCUUUCUGUUGAACACUACUCAGGGAAGCAGCCUGGAUCUCACCCCUGACCCCCGAAAGCACGACAUAUCCAUUUAAGCAUUAGACAUGUCAAAAACAUUACACAUACCUACAGGCAGACAAAAAGACACACAAACAAUGGAAAAAAAGGUUGUGAACUACAGUAUCAGACAAUGUGGUGUAUACCAUGGUUUAACAUUCACUUUUUUUCCUUGCU